AGUUCAUUUUGGUCAUGGUAUUAAGAAAUGGAAUCCUAAAAUGGCCCCUUACAUUUCGGCAAAGCGUAAAGGUACUCAUAUUAUAAAUCUCGCUAGAACGGCUCGUUUUUUAUCAGAAGCUUGUGAUUUAGUUUUUGAUGCAGCAAGUCAGGGAAAAAGUUUCUUAAUUGUUGGUACCAAAAAAAGAGCAACAGAUUUAGUAGCAUCAGCUGCAAUAAGGGCUCGUUGUCAUUAUGUUAAUAAAAAGUGGUUCAGUGGUAUGUUAACGAAUUGGUCGAUUACGAAAACUAGACUUUCUCAAUUUAGAGACUUAAGAGCAGAAGAAAAAAUGGGAAAAUUCCACCAUCUCCCAAAAAGAGAUGUGGCAAUCUUGAAGAGAAAAUUAUCUACUUUGCAAAGGUAUCUCGGCGGGAUCAAAUAUAUGACGAGAUUGCCAGACAUUGUGAUCGUCCUUGAUCAGCAAAAAGAGUAUAUAGCUCUUCGGGAAUGUGCCAUUUUGGGGAUUCCUACUAUUUCUUUAGUCGAUACAAAUUGUGACCCGGAUCUCGCGAAUAUAUCGAUUCCAGCCAACGAUGACACUAUGACUUCAAUUCGAUUGAUUCUUAACAAAUUAGUAUUUUCAAUUUGUGAGGGCCGUUCUCUCUAUAUAAGAAAUCGUUGAUUAAGAAUAUAUAGUGAAUUCUUGGGCAACUGCGUAAAUUUAUGGAAUCACUUACUUUACUAUAUCUUUUUUUUUGCAUAGAAUUUUUUUUGCAUAGAAAAAAGAAGGGGAAUAUUGAUAUAUAUUAGAGGGUAUUGAUAUAUAUUAUGAUCUGAUGUGCUUUCUUGGUAUCCUAAAUAUAAGAUUAAUACUUCAAGUUGCUGAGUUGAGAAAGAGAUGGUUGAAUCAAAAGAAUUCCUUUUUUGAAGUUCAAUUUUUAUCAGAGGACAAUAUGAAUAUUAUACCUUGUUCCAUUAAAACACUCAAGGGGUUAUACGAUAUAUCGGGUGUAGAAGUAGGCCAACACUUCUAUUGGCAAAUAGGAGGUUUCCAAAUUCAUGCCCAAGUACUCAUCACUUCUUGGGUCGUAAUUACUAUCUUGCUAGGUUCAGUUGUCAUAGCUGUUCGGAAUCCACAAACCAUCCCGACCGACGGUCAGAAUUUUUUUGAAUAUGUCCUUGAGUUUAUUCGAGACUUGAGCAAAACUCAGAUUGGAGAAGAAUAUGGUCCCUGGGUUCCCUUUAUUGGAACUAUGUUCCUUUUUAUUUUUGUUUCGAAUUGGUCGGGUGCUCUUUUACCUUGGAAAAUUAUAGAGUUACCCCAUGGGGAAUUAGCAGCGCCCACGAAUGAUAUAAAUACUACUGUUGCUUUAGCUUUACUCACGUCAGCGGCAUAUUUUUAUGCUGGUCUUAGCAAAAAAGGAUUGAGCUAUUUCGAGAAAUAUAUUAAACCAACUCCAAUCCUUUUACCAAUUAACAUCCUAGAAGAUUUCACAAAACCAUUAUCGCUUAGCUUUCGACUUUUCGGGAAUAUAUUGGCGGAUGAAUUAGUCGUUGUUGUUCUUGUUUCUUUAGUCCCCUUAGUAAUCCCUAUACCGGUCAUGUUUCUUGGAUUAUUUACAAGCGGUAUUCAAGCUCUUAUUUUUGCAACAUUAGCCGCAGCCUAUAUAGGUGAAUCCAUGGAGGGUCAUCAUUGAAUUGACUCUUUUUGGAAAUAGUAUUUUUUUUUUUUGCAGCUUAGCUCAAUUCAUGCAUGGUUCCAGAUAAUCUGCUUGGUUGCAAAAAAAUAGUUAGAAAUGCGUAUGAAUAUAUAGCCUAGAGUUGUAGGAGAGAGAAUAGAAUAGACUAUAUUAUGGAAUUUUCAAAGUAUAUAUGCAUUAAGGAGGGUGGAGUCAGGCUAGAUCUAUACUAUAAUAUCCUUAAUGUCUAUAAGUGGAGUCCUCUUUUAUGCAGGUUUCCACUUUAAGCAAUGAUUUUAGAAUCCGAUUCAAUAGAAAAUGAGAAAAUAUGCAAACAAAAUAGAAGAAACAAAUGUAUAUAUAUAGGAUAUUAUAUUAUAUAUUCCUAGGUUAGAUUCAUUAUCUAAUCCGAUAUAUGGAUAUGGAAUUCCCUUCUAUGUAGUUCGGACAAUUCACAUUAUCAUUUCAAUUUGAUUUCAAUUUGUACUUUUUAGUUACUUUACUUCUCCCCAAUAGAGCUUAGAAGUAAGAAUUUAUUGGUUGAUUGUAUCCUUAACCAUUUCUUUUUUUUGACACGAGGAAC